AUGAAGCAACCGCCCAGCAAAGAAAUUCUUUCCUUGCCCCAGAGGGGGAGGCGACGAGUUGGCAGGGACAGCGCUAGUAGUGACGGGGUGGAGUCGGAGGAUAACGGUGAGCAGAGUGGGUACGACAGCGCGAAAGAAAUUGCUGACAGCGCGGAAGAAACUGAUGACAGCGCGGAAGAAAUUGAUGACAGCGCGAAAGAAAUUGAUGACGGCGGCAAAAGCGGGAGCAGCGUGCAUGUCGACGGCAGCGACGAGGCGAGCGCGCAGAACGUGGCCCUGCCCUAUGCAAAGAAAAAAAUAAAGGACGACCGAAUCGAAAAGACGUACCAGUACGAAUACCUGGACCAUCCAGCCGAUGUCAUUUUACACAGUUACGGAAAGACCCUAAGGGAAUGCUUCGAGUCUGCAUGCAUAUCCAUGUUUAACUACAUGUGUAACUUGAAUAAAGUGGAACCAAAACUCUUAAGGCACAUAACAGCUAGAGGGGGAACCCUGGAAGACUUACUCUACAACUUUUUAACCGAAUGCCAUUUCUUGUAUGGCAGUGAAUACAUCAUUUGUAAAGCUGUAGACAUUUUAGUUUUCGAUCAGAAGUCCUUUUUCAUCGAGGCCUAUGCAUAUGGCGAUGUUUUUUCGCCUGACUUGCACGAAUGUGGCACGGAGAUAAAGGCUAUUACAAAACAUGAACUGCGAAUUUGCUUGAAGGAGGACCUUUGGGAGGCUGUGAAGGGUACCCCCCGUGAGAGCUGUCGAACAGUGGUCCACCUCAUUUUAUUUGGCGCCAUCAAUCCGACUGCAUACCUUGUAGCCUUUUUUGGAAACCAUGAGUUUUUAAACAUUUCAAGAAGGAUAAUCCGCAACACGGAAUGA